CUUGCUGGCUCUGCACUGCUGGCUCAGCCCUCAGACACCCUCACUCCUCACCCUCUCGCUGCCUUCCCUUCUCCUCCCCUCUCCUUUCCUCUGAGCUCUGCUCAGGCCCUGACUCCUCCUUGGCUUCACAGCACCUCACGGCCGAGACCUCCACUCCCAUGGCCAGCCCUGGGAAGCCUGGGGCUGGGGAGGUCCAGGAGGAGGGGGAGGAGGAGGGGGUUUCCAUGGAGCCACAGGCAGCGAUGCUGGAGCAGGCCCAGGAGCUGUUUCUGCUGUGUGACAAGGAGACCAAGGGCUUCAUCACUCGGCACGACCUGCAGGGCCUGCAGAGCGACCUGCCACUCACGUCCAAACAGCUCGAGGCUGUGUUCGAAAGUCUGGACCAGGCCGGCACAGGCUUCCUCACCGCUUGGGAGUUCUGCCUUGGCCUGCGGAAGUUUGCGGGGGUGGAGUCGGCUCAGGGCACACAGCCCUCCCCACCUCCCGAGGAAACCUUUGAGUCGGGCUGGUCGGAUGUGCAAGGCACCGGGGGCUGCCUGGAGGAGGAGGAGGAGGAGAGAUUCUGCACUGUGCUGGAGCAGCUGGGGGUGGCCCCGGUCCUGGGCGAGCAGUGGGCGGUACGGACGUUCUGGACCCGGCUGCAGCACGAGCGACCCGAGCUGCUGGGCUCCUUCGAGGACGUUCUGAUGCGCGCGUCGGCCUGCCUGGAGGAGGCGGCCCGAGAGCGGGACGGCCUGGAGCAGGCGCUGCGGCGGCGGGAGAGCGAGCACGAGAGAGAGGUGCGUUCUCUGUACGAGGAGAUGGAGCAACUGCUUCGCGCGCAGAGCCAGCGCCUGCGGAGUCAGGAGCUCCCCCGGGAGGAGCAGAGAGGCCGCCUGGAGCUGGAGCUGCAGAGCCGCGAGCAGGAACUGGAACGCGCGGGCCUGAGGCAGCGGGAGUUGGAACAGCAGCUGCAGGCCCGGGCUACCGAGCAGCUGGAGGCGCAGGCGCAGAACGCCCAGCUGUGGCGGGCCAACGAGGCGCUGCGCACGCAGUUGGAGGGGGCGCAGGAGCAGCUCCGCAGACUGGAAGGCGAGGCGCGGGGUCGCCAGGAGCAAACCCAACGAGACAUGGUCGCGGUCUCAAGGAACAUGCAGAAAGAGAAGCUCAGCCUCCUGAGACAACUGCAGCUCCUCAGGGAGCUGAACACUCGGCUACGAGACGAGAGGGACGCCUGUGAGGCCAAGCGGCUGGGCAGUGGCCGCAGGAAGGCUCUGGCCACGGCCCGCCUGCCCGGGCCCAUCUGCUGCUGCUGCUGCUGCUGGGCUCGCCCGCCCAGAUGUGGCUCUGGCCACCUUCCCAGUGCCCGCUGACCAGCCCCAAGUGACUCACUGAGCGUUACCUGGAGAAGCUGGCCCUUGAAGGUGACUCGUCAUGGCUGGGGGCUGCCCAUCCAGGACAUGGGCUCUAUCCACUGAACUGGCCUGCCUGCCUGCAGACAUGAAGGAAGUAACCCUGGGGUGAUCAGGGUCUCAUGUACCCCGCUGCGGGUCCUCGUCCUGUCCCCAUCCCAUCAAGCCCAUCUCUGUCCAGCAGAAAAGCCCCCUCCUCCAAAUAGAGUCCACUGACUGCA